UUUUAACCCGAGGUCAUACACUGGUUGAAGCUUCAACUCAAAGGUGAGCUUUCAAAAAUCAACGCGAACAGUACAAACAAAACAAAGUGCCAUCGGAUUAUGUAUUAGGUUUAUUUUAAUGUUGUUAUCAAAACGAAAGAUCUCGAAAAGCGGAAAACCUAGCCUGCGUAGCAUGGCGGUUUUGUCGAGCCGGGCUCAGGAGCGGCGUAGCCACCUGCCCUCGCCCGCCUUUAUUACUUAGUUCGCCCAACGAAAACCGCCAUGCUACGCAGGCUACGGAAAACCAUUCUUAAAUGGUUUAAAAAUCACUGCAAGAGCUAAGAAAUGAGCUGAAGAGAUUUUAUUACAGGGAACAUGUCUCGCUUGUUCUUGGCUUGAGUUUGAACAGAUAUUAUGCAGAUGGCACUCUUUCAUGGGUUUCUCAUAAAAAUAUCACCAUACGUUAUUGCUUCGUUUGUUAACCAGCUGAUGAAACGACCAAUUUGUAAAAAAAAUCUCCACAUAUCCUUCUUUCGUGCUACAGAUUUUGUGAUUGUUAAAUCAGUGUGAUAAUUUGUUCUUCGCGGAAUCCGCUUCUCUAAGAUAGCGUGACCUUCAUUUAAAUUCACAGCAUUCAUUAACAUGGGGGUCAUCCGGGAUCUCUAUCGUUUUUAAACAUCACUCCGUAAUUUCAAAGCUAUUUUAAAAUUUUAGUUUAACUUAGACACCUUAUAUGCCGUUUGACAGUCAGGGUAUUAUACCAGUUUCAUUAUCCCGGCGUCCUCCAUGCCAAAUUUAGCUUAUGGUUAAGUUUGCUAAGAUUCCCGGUAAGAUUGUCUUCAACAGCAGAACGUAUAAGACUUAUUACCGGGGCCCAGCCGAAGGCUGGCGCCGGUCUUAAAAUGCAGACCGUCCGUUUUUUCAACGUUACUGUAGAGAACUGGAACUAGUUAGAAUAAUAUCGAAAAGGACUGGCUCUAGCCAAGAUGAUGUAAUCGCAAGAUGGCGGAAAACGCCACCGACACGUAUUAAAAGAGUUAGAAGUUUGGAGUAAUUUGUGGUUGAUUUAGGCGUGUAGUCUAACAAAAUUGGCGACCCUGCCAGGACUUGUAACCCGACGAAGAUGAAACACUGGAUGGAACGUUUCUGGCGAUCGAUUUUGGUAUGUUUUUGAGCAUAUUUGUGUCUCUCAUCGCUUUGACCACGUGCUUCCACUGCCCGCCAUUGUCAAUCGGAAACAUCGGAACUGAGGCCUUGCCGAUGAUGGCAGAAGAUCUUCAAUUGGAAUUACAGUCUAGCAUCUAUGCCGCGGGCUGGAGCUCACUCGAGCGAAUGGCCAAGUUCUUCAAAGUUGAAUAUGAGGGAAAAACAAAAUUGUUUGUGGCGAAACGUGUUGCUCUACGGCUCGAUGAUGAAAUUGAAAAACUGAAGGAAGCCGAAGUCGUGCCGUACCUCAAGGACGUAAAAGACAUGCUGACAGAGAAACCCCAUGGCAUCAAGAACGAUGAAGAAGAUGGUAAGCCAGUUCUAAGUGAUUCAAAACCUCCUCCCGUAGCGAAGGAAGAUCCUGUUCAAAAACUACUAGCGACUAGCGCUUUACGUAGACAGUUUAAGAUCAGUGGUCAAAUCGGGGAACCCGAGCAGAAAGACAAAAUUAGUUUUUCUUCCCUUAUGCGUCAAAUUCAAAUGGGGUUGGCCCAAGGUUAUGGCGAGAGUGAAAUUGUUGAUGGUGUUAUUCGCUCAAUUACACCUGGCAUGGUACUUAGGAGUUACCUCGAAACUUACGAAGAUUUGACAUUGGAUCGGUUAAAGAAAAUUCUCCGUAGCCACUAUGGUGCAAAGAAUACAUCAGAACUCUAUCAAACACUGGCAUCCCUAUGUCAGAGCCCAAAGGAGUCACCCAGGCAUUUUUGAUGAAUGCUCUUGAUCUGAGGCAACAAAUCCUGUUUGCAUGUGGUGAAGAAGAAGGUGAAAUAUCCCUACAGUAUGACUCCGGACACAUACAACGUCUGUUUCUUCGGUCAGUAGAAACUGGUUUACAGGAUGAAAGUAUUCGUGCUAAGAUUCGCCCAUUCCUGAAGGACUCAAAUGUGACAGAUGAAGUGUUGAUGCAACAGAUGAGCAUGGCUACGUCAGCAGAAAAGGAAAGGGACAAGAAGCUUAAGAAUAAUACCAAGACCAAACAACCACCAUUAUCAGCGUCUGCGGUAUCUGAUGGCCCACCUAAAGAAAAGGAAGGAGGCAAGAAGAACAGCCCUCAGAAUGAUCUUCUAACAGCUAUAAGUGCAAUCAAGUCAGAAGUCGAGGCAUUGAAAAGCGAGGUCAGGAAGAACAGCAAUCAAAGUGUACCUCCAGGCAAGUGGCCAGAGAGAAGAAGACCACCCUUGUGUUCAAGCUGCCUCGAGAACAGAAAGGAAUAUUGCAAUCACUGUUUUAAGUGUGGGAGCGAAUCUCAUCUGGCAAGGGGAUGCAGGAAGCAGUUAAACAGGAAUCGACUGCUCCCGCGAGACAGGAAGCAGUCGUAAACCCACCAAAGUCUCACCAAUGUAGCCACUGUUGUAAAACCGGAGUAGAGCAUGGACAACUUAAAAGAUGUAGUCAGUGUCAGAGUGUAUGGUAUUGCACCACGCGAUGUCAAAAGGGACACUGGGCUGAACACAAGGUGUUGUGCCAAGCAAUAAGUCAUCUUUCUGAGGCGAGUACAAGUAAGUCAAAAGAGUUUGUAGACCCAGCCUGUGUCAGUCAUUUAACUCCAAGUGAGCAUGCUAAAGUUAUUGGCCUUGUUGGCAAGAAGUGUAUGGUGAAGUGCUUGCUCAAUGACUAUGAAUGUGAAAUGUUAUGGGACACUGGUGCCCAGGUUUCAAUAAUAUCAGUCGACUCUGUCCAAAGAUGCUUAGGACAAGUAGCCAUUAGACAGUUGUCAGAACUCUUGGAGACAAGCCUUAGCCUAACAGCAGUGAAUGGGUCUCAAAUACCCUACAUUGGGUGGGUGGAAGCCAGAGUUAUGCUAACUCCUCCUGGUAGUGAUAGCAAUCAAGAGGAACUGUUAGUGCCUUUCCUAGUGACAUCAGAAAAGUUGGACUGUCCCAUUUUGGGAUACAAUGUCAUUGAAGAGUUAGUAAGUCAGGACCAGAAUCCAAACCCAACAAUUUACAAGAGUUUCCCUGGAACAGAUAAGACAAAAGUAGAUGCCUUGGUAAAUUUCAUUCAGAGUUCAAGUUCAGAUGCCAUUUGUAAAGUGAGGACGGGAAGGAGAGAUGUGGUGAUACCAAGGGAUAGCAUGAUAACUGUUGGCUGCCGUGCAACUACAGGACCAGUAAACAAGCUAACACCAGUACUGUUUGAGCCAAAUGAAUUGGCACAGUUACCAGAGGGUUUAGAAGUUAAUGGAACUUUGUUAAAUGUCAAACCAGGAAAGUCAUCUAAGGUACAGAUUGCUGUACACAAUGGGACAGACCAUGAUAUUCUGCUUAAGAGUCGCACCCCGUUAGAGUCCUUCAGGCAGUCAAAUCAGUGACAACAGCAGAUGUUAGACUGAGUGAAUGUAGAACCCAGAAUGACCAGCAAUAUUUUGAGAAACCUAAACCUCAGGGACCCACCACCCCUGCUGAGCAGCAAAACAAAGAAAAUGAAAACCCACUUCCGGCAGUUGAUCUCGGUGAUUUGGAUCAUGACCAGCGGACUGCAGCUGAAAUGAUGCUGAGGGAAGAGUACGAGUCAUUCUCAUCCAAUGAAGAAGAUAUUGGCUGCAUCCCCUGAUCUGGAAAUGGAGAUUAAUCUGCAUAAUAACCGGCCAGUGCAAAAGAAGUACACGUCAAUUCCUCGACCACUGUAUCCGGAGGUGAAACAGUACAUUGAAGACCUUCUGAACCAGAAUUUCAUCACUGAAUCCAAGUCCCCAUACUCCUCUCCAGUUGUCUGUGUUCGCAAGAAGGAUGGGUCUCUAAGGCUAUGCAUUGACUAUCGAGAACUAAAUCGCAAGACUAUUGCUGACAGACAUCCCAUUCCUAGAGUCCAAGAGACCUUGGAUAGUCUUGGCGGAAAUAAGUGGUUCAGUGUACUUGACCAGGGUAAGGCGUAUCAUCAGGGGUUCGUAAACAGGGACAGUAGAGCAGCGACAGCAUUCAUUACACCGUGGGGGCUAUAUGAAUGGGUAAGGAUCCCAUUUGGAUUGAUGAACGCACCUGCGAAUUUCCAACGGUUUAUGGAACGUUGUUUGGGUGAACUAAGGGACAAAGUGGCUAUACCGUACCUCGAUGACAUCAUAGUAUUUAGUAGGACAUUUGCAGAACACAUCGAGCAUCUGAGAACAGUAUUGCGAAAGUUACGAGCACAUGGAGUCAAGUUGAAGCCGCGCAAGUGUAGUUUGUUCAAACGCGAGGUCAAGUUUUUAGGAAGAGUUGUGUCAGGUGAUGGUUACCAGAUGGAUCCAGGGUGUGUACAAGCUAUCGAGAAGUUAAAGGAAGUAACACCCAAAACUGUUGGUGAAGUAAGACAGCUUGCAGGAAUACUAAGUUACUACCGAAGGUACAUUAAAAACUUUGCUAAAAUUGCGAAACCGAUCUAUGACUUGCUUACCAGCACAGGACAGGAUGGACAACAGCCCUCAAAGACGCCAAUCGUUUGGGGAAGAGAACAGCAACUAGCCCUCGAGAAGUUAGUGGGACACCUCAGUAAUCCACCCAUUAUGGCUUAUCCAGAUUUCUCAAAAGCAUUUACUCUCCACACCGACGCAAGUAAAGACGGUCUCGGGGCAGUGUUGUACCAAAACCAGGAUGGGGUCAUGCGAGUUAUUGCUUAUGCUUCACGAGCGCUGUCACCAGCUGAGAAAAAGUACCACCUUCACGCAGGAAAACUUGAGUUUCUUGCUCUAAAAUGGGCAGUGACUGAACACUUCCGUGACUACCUUUACUACUCGCCAAAGUUUACUGUUUUCACUGAUAACAACCCCUUGACAUACAUCCUAACAUCAGCGAAACUGAACGCCACUGGUUUACGGUGGGUUAAUGAAUUAGCCGACUUCCAUUUUGAGAUCAGGUAUCGACCAGGAAAAGCCAACGCAGAUGCUGACACCUUGUCUCGUAUGCCAAUCAGUUUUGAGGGCUAUAUGAAAAGUUGUUCGGAAGUAGUUAAUCAGGAUGUUCUGGAUGCUGUCACAUCUUCAGUCCAUGUAACUAACACCCCCCAGACCGCCUGGUUGUCAUCUCUCACCGCAGUACACGACAUGUUAAAGGAAGAGCGUGUAGACAUUCCAACUCUGCCACGUGAUGAACUUGUCGCAGCUCAGCAAGAAGAUCCAUCAAUUGCUCGUGUUUUACAGUUUAUUCAAAUUGGAAGGCGUCCCACCUAUCAGGAAAGGCAGCAAGAGACAGCUAUUGCCCGACAACUCUUACACGAAUGGAAUAAACUGUUUAUUGCUGAAGAUGGAAUCCUUUAUCGGAAAACUGGGUGUGGAGACAAAAUGGUUUUACCCAAGAAAUACCACAAAAGGGUGUAUGAAGAGCUACACGAAAACAUGGGGCACUUGGGCGCCGACAGAGUAGUGGAACUAGCUAGAGAACGCUUUUAUUGGCCGUUUAUGAGAGCAGACAUCACCCAUUAUGUCACAAAAGUGUGUCGUUGCCUGAAGCAACGUAAACCCGCAACUCAUGUCCACGCACCACUUCAGCCUAUCCUCUCCACAGCACCUUUCCAACUCGUCUCCAUGGACUAUGUUCAUCUCGAACCAAGCUCGGGUGGAUACCAGUACAUAUUGGUAAUCAUGGAUCACUACACCAGAUUUGCCCAAGCAUACGCCACCCGGGAUAAGUCUGCGAAGACCGCUGCCAACAAACUGUAUAAUGACUUUAUCAUGAGAUUUGGGUUUCCAGGAACCAUUCAUCAUGACCAGGGCGGAGAGUUCGAAAACAAACUCUUCUACAACCUUGAGAAACUGAGUGGGAUCAAACAUUCGCGGACAACCCCCUACCAUCCACAGGGGAAUGGGCAGGUUGAAAGGUUCAACCGAACACUUCUAUCAAUGCUGAGAGCCCUGCCAGAGAAACAGAAAUCCCGUUGGCGUGACCAUCUCAAUAAAGUAGUCCAUGCAUACAAUUGCACUCGCCACGACUCUACUGGAUUCUCACCUUUCUAUCUACUAUUCGGUAGGACGCCAAGGCUACCCAUCGACCUAAUGUUUGGCUUGAAACCUCCAGAGGGAUAUUCUACAUACCCUGAGUAUGUUAAAAAUUGGCGAAGAGCCAUGAAAGAAGCUUACGAACUAGCCUCCGCUCAUGCAAAGAAAAGUGCAGACAUGGGGAAACAACAGUAUGACAAGAAAGUUAGACAUACCACGCUACGUGAAGGAGACCGUGUUCUUGUGCGAAACAUGACGGAGCGUGGUGGCCCAGGAAAGUUACGCUCUUAUUGGGAGCAAGAAAUCCACGUUGUUACUCAAAAGAGGGAGGAUAUGCCAGUUUACGAGGUAAAACCAGAGACUGGUAAUGGAAGGACAAGAGUUCUGCAUCGCAACCUGCUGCUACCAUGUUCCUUUCUACCUGUUGAGAUACCACCUAAGCCAUCCAAGGGUCGUCGCACGAUGCCCAGGACAACCCGAAGACAGCAGGAGCUACAAGAGAACACAACCAGAACCACUGAUGAGAACAUCCCUGGGUUAACACCUGGUCAACUUCAAGAAUUUUACGAGUCUACGAGGAAUCAUACUGAAGACAAUUGCCAAAUUGUUCCAGAGUUAGAUGAACACGACACUUACCCUUGUCAAGUUGAUGGUCCAGGCUCAGAGGGAGAGGCUGAAGACACAGAGCAACCAAGUGGUGCGUUCGAUGAUGAAGCUGUAGAUGGUGUACCUCUAAGACAGUCACAGCGCGUAAGCAGACCACCCCUCAGGAUGACCUAUGAUGCAAUGGGACAACCCUCCUUUCAACCCAGUUCCACAACAGGAAUUCGCGGCAUCACAGCAUCAUAUCCACACCAGUUAUGGCAGCCUGUCCCGGUAUCAUGGAUGGUGCAACAACCUGUCUUUCAGCCCUUCAGUUAUUUUGUACCUUUCCCAGUACACGUUCAGCCGAUGUAUCCUGUGCCUGCGUGGCGUUACCAGCAAGCCUGGUGGCAUUAACUUGAAGAGAAAGGAACUGAUUUGGACCAAUUGAAAUUACGUUCGUUUUAGAUAAGACGGAUAAAUGUUUAGUAUAUAGUAUAACUCACAUGUCGUUCGUUUUAAGAGGUACAACCUUGUUUUAUUAGGAGAUUUUUUUUUUUUUUCUCGAUCUCUACAUGUUCUUUGUACGGGCAAACAAUCGAUAUAGGCGCGUUAUCGAACAGUACAGUGCAGUAAAGAUAACACAGUAACAUUUGGGCAACUUAAGCGAACAUUCUGGCCUGAUCAACCAGGAUAACUUUGUUGACCCAAUAAUGAGAUACAAGAAUACGAGGAACUGUUACACGAGAUAACCCACAAGAGACUAUGGUCUAUCCGUUCAUGUUGAGGACAACAUCUUUUCCAGAGGGGGAGAAUGUAGAGAACUGGAACUAGUUAGAAUAAUAUCGAAAAGGACUGGCUCUAGCCAAGAUGAUGUAAUCGCAAGAUGGCGGAAAACGCCACCGACACGUAUUAAAAGAGUUAGAAGUUUGGAGUAAUUUGUGGUUGAUUUAGGCGUGUAGUCUAACAUUACAUUGUUAGGGAUAUAUCGCUGACUGAGAUAUAUCGCUGGCUCAUUGAAAUCUUAUCCGCCAUUUUGAAAAGAAGAGGCAUGGAGGACAGUCAAGAGAAAGAUUAUAGCUUUUUUGGGGAACGACACGUUCCCCCAACCCAACUAGUUUAUGAGCGAAAAUUUAAGAGUGAAUAUUUGGAGAGACAAAUUUACGAGCGAUCACUUCUGAGACUGAACCUUCCAUCGUGAAACUUAUCGAGAAAUUGAGUGAACCUUCCAUCGUGAAAUUUAUCGAGAAUCAAAGCGAACACUUAUCAAAAUUUGUCUUCAAAAAGAUUUCAAUGAUUGACAUACCGAAGACUUCAAAGCUCCAUCGCUAUGUUAAUAAGGUGAGAAAACUUUAUCAUGCACGAUACAAAUGUAAUAACAAACGCGAUCCAAAGAUAAUUAACUUCAAUAAAAUGGCUAUACCCAAGAAAGCUUAUUUGUUGUCUUUCUUUAGCAGGCAUUAUCACAGGAUAAUGAAACUAAAAAUAAUGUAAAGCACGUCGAUCUUUAUCAUUGUUUUCUUGCAAUUGUGUGAGUCAUAUGACCAAUUAUGUGAAUUUCAAACUAAGUAAAGAUGUUGAGAAGAAUCCAGGACCUACUCAAUACAACACUGAUCAUCAUGAAGUAAUAAUUAGACCUUCUAUGCAAAAUCACAGCUCAACAUUGGUUGAGGUCACACUAGAGACUUUACUAUGGUAAAAAGGGCUUUACUAUGGUAAGUCUCGCAACGUCUUCUUUACCGUAGUAAACCUGACAGGUCCACUUAAAAAGGCAUUUGAAGCUUUCCAGGCGUUUUUUCUCGCGUGAUCGGUAACGUGAGAGUGAAAAGUAAAACAAAUGACGAUCUGCUAUGAGAGCUGACUAAAUUGAAAUUACUGAACUGUAACUUCCUGAGCGUGACCCUCACAAGUGUACAAAGAUGCUUCAAUGUGAGAGAGUAUUGUUUUCUGUUGUGAGCAUUUUGCUUUUAAUUCUGCUGCUCAGACGAGCAAGAAGAAUGCGCUCCCUUAUUACCUACCUUGGUUUCGAAUACGAAGUUAGUGAAGAUGUUUUAGUGACAGGUUUAUUGAUUACUCAUCGAAGACGUAUUCUUAGAGAAAGAGCGGCAUUGCGAAGGCAAGCGUGGGUUUAACCUCGACCCCAGGAAUGGUUUGAAGAAAUGUACAGAAACAGAAACCUUCAAGCACUGUGGAAAAAGCAAUCACCGAUGUUCUAAAGCUAUUCUGUUAUGUGACCCUUUUUGAAACUACUUUCCUCAAAAAUCAUGACAAACUGUCAACAAAACAAACAAAGUUUAGAUAGACUAGAGAUAUACCCACCUUUUUUUUUUUGGUAACCAGAUGGUUAUCGGUGAUGGGUCAUCUUUGUUCUUUCCGCGGUAGUCAUGGAAAUUAACCAGGAUAGAGUUUACCAUUGUAAACUGAAAAAUGCCGGUCACACUUACGGCGCCGUUUACUAUGGUAAACUUGAGUUUACUAUAGUAAACUUUCUCUAGUGUGACCUCAACCAAUGCAGUUGAACUCUCCUAUUUCCUCUGAGAAUUUGAUGCAGUCAAGAUUAGGUGCACUUUGUUUACAAUCAAUAGAUGUUGGCGGUGCAGGUGAUUGUUUCUUUAGAUCUGUAUCACAUCAAUUAUAUGGCAAAAGCAACCAUCACAUGCAUAUACGUACUGCUGGGGUUCAAUUUAUGAGAGACAAUCCUGAGAGAUUUAUUGAGAGCAAUACCGAAAAUUCAUGGAUAAGAUAUCUGAAUAAUAUGUGUAUUCAAGGUACAUGGGCUGAUGCACUUAUCAUUCAAGCAGUUGCAGAUAUACUACUGUUUACCCAGUUCAGGAAAGCAAUACUUCCUCUACAAUAAUUACUAUAGGCCAUAUUGAUGAAUGCCACUAUGUAUCAACCACUGCCUUACAAUCAAGUGCCUCCAUUUCAAUGUGCAAUGAAUUAACAAAUGAUACUCAGUCAUCAAUAAAUAAGCAUUUUAUUAUGUCUGUAUAUAACACUGGAUGACAUUUUUUACAGUGCAAGACAACAAUCCAUGACCACAAAGAUCUAUUUCAAAAAUGUCUUAUGUCUGUUAUCAUUUCAAAUUCACAGUGUUUUCGCAAAAAAUAGAUAAAUGUGAUUAAUAAAUCUCAAUGAUAAACCUGAUGAUAACGUACUUGAGAAAAUGUGAAAUUGUGAUAAUUCUGUAACAAACUUCUUUGCAAACUUUGUCAUUACCAUUCAACCCAAAACUGUCAGUGAUUUUUUUUGCUUUUCACUCAAACUUAAAAACAAAUGAAAACCUUAUACAGAUCACACUUAUUGACAUCACAGUGUUACUAAAAACACUACUAUAACACAGACCGUUAGCUGUAAUAACACUGAACAAACUUACAACAACAUCCUCCUGUCUCAUGCAUUUUGUUGCUUUUCUUCUGCAUGAGUUAAUUCAGACUAAGUAUUAGCCUCCACAGAGGAGGGGGGAGGGGUGCGAGAGGUAAACUAUAUCUAUGCAAUCCCGUAUCCCACUGGGCCCCGGUAAGUUCCACGUAGUGGUUCUAGUUUUAGUAAUGAAAGAGACGACUGUGACUGUGCAGAUAGAUGUAUGCAUGCAUGAACGACGUUGAACACAUUUCAUUCAAAAUUUUUGAACAGGAAACACAAGGUCUUCUGUCCGCGAGCCUGCAGGCAGCUGCCCGCUUGUGCAAAUUUUCCCUGAACUCGCACAAGUGAGACUGCUCACAGACUAGCUGCUCGCGAAAAAAUCUGUGGUUCUUGGUUUACAAUGUGAGUUUCAAACUGGCCCUUGUCAGUACUUGAGAUAUUCCAGCACAUUUAAUACACAAACUGUAAAAUAUGACGACAACCAACUUUUAAACAAAGUACAAACAAAGAUUAUCUUUAGUUUUAAAAAUUAUAUCCAUCAUCACCACUUCUCGAAACUAUAUCUCCUGAGGCCGUACAAAAAAGAACCUAGACUUCAUAAAAGAAUGUAUCCCUUAUUCCAUCAUACUCAUCUAAGUGUACUUUAUGCAAAUGGUUCAGAAACAUGUGACAAGUUCUUACCGGCUGCGUUACCUCCGUGCAUUUAAUCUCUUCUCUUUUUCUUCGCAGUACCGACAGCAAGAAACAAGUCAUUGUUGUAUCACUUCCUGGUGAAAGCGAUGUCCAGUACCUCGAUAACUUGCAGUUUAUUGCCGACUUUGUUAUCGAAAUGGAUGGUAAGACCAAAGGUAGAGAUUAUUUGUUUAUCGUCCACGAUGAGUCAGGCCUCAAGUACCUAAAAAACCACAAAUUCACCAACGCCCGUCUUAUUCAAGUGAAACAGUCCUUAGAUAUGUGGAUGAGGGAUUUUCCGCCCACCAUGCCAAAACAGCAGGUUAAAUUUAAGUACAGACCACAAUAUAUUUCAACCGAGCAGGCAAAAUUUGACGAGGGAAAUUUCGAGAAAUUUGCCAGCGUUGUUGGGUUACCUCAGCUCAGGUGUAGCGAUCUGGUUCUGGAAGGAGGAAACAUUGUGGACAAUGGCGUUGAUAUAGCCAUCACCACUGCCAGGACUUAUGAUGACAAUCCUACCAUGUUUCACCAGGAAUUCGUCAACAAGCUAGAAACCGCUAUACACAGAAAAGUAGUAGUCCUUCCAGACCCAGAAGAUACUACAGGACACGCCGAUGGAGUCGUGACAUUCGUCGAAAAUAAUACGCUUUUGAUUUCAUUAUUUGAUGACGCCGAUGGACCAAGCUUUUACGACGCCAUGGAGACUGCUGUCCUUGACGUCUUCCCGAACCUCACAGUAGUUCCUUUGCCGUGCUAUGCCAAGAAGGGGAAAACACAAGGAUUUGUCUCAGCCGAAGGUUCCUAUGCAAACUCCUUGGUGACAAACAACGCUGUUUAUCUGCCCUUCUUUGCAAAUCAGACCAGCAAUGACAUAGCCUUUGCGGCCUUCAAGAACAACACUAACAAAGAUAUCAUCCCUGUGUACAAUGCUGGCAAAGUACCCGUGCUUGGGGGAAGUCUUCGUUGUAUGACAUGGCAGAUUGACCAGGAACAUCCUGUUGCCAAGGCCUUGUUUGCUUAUGUCGAUAGAAGUCCCAGUAGUGGCUCCUCUGUCAACGUAGUUGUAACAGUUUUUUUCUUACAAGUAGCAUUGGCUUAA